CUAUUUUACAGUUUGGCAAUUUAGCUAGCUGUUGUAGCCAUUAUAUUAGCUGGCUGGCUAGUUUAUUUGCUAUGGAUGUUAGCUUGCUAGCUAACUGGUUAUUCGUAACUUUAUUUGAAUGACAAAUCAGGUCCAAUGUAAAUAUUUCUUGCAAAGUAAAAAAUCAACGUUAUGUGUCCGUUUAUUUGGUAGACAAGGGCCAUGAUCCCCAUUGCCAUGGAAGCGAAUUAGAAAUAAGUUAGUUUAGCUAGCAAACGUUAUUCGCCUUUGUUAUGUUAGUAAUCUUGCUUCCGCUUCCAUCCCUUUACUAGCGUACCAUAAGGUGGCAAACUGAGGUGGCAAUGUACGCUAGCGGCUAACUCAGCCUCAAUCAUUAUCAGCACGAUGUUAUCUGGGUCUUGUGGGAGCUAGCUUUACACUCGUCCGACGAGGCUAAAUAGGUAGCUGGGUACCUGAUAUCUGCUUUAUUUAUCUGUAACAAAAUAAUUUAACUUUGAUGACUAACUUAAACAUGAAGUGACGUUAUCGCCAAAAAUGUAGUCAAUUGCAUCGGGGUGAAAAGCUUGUCAUUCAACAACAAUCGAGUGCCUAGCCAGCUAACUGGCAAGCUAACGUUUGAGAUGCUGCUGGCGUUAGUUAGCUAACUUAAGUUAGCUACGGCGACAGUUGUCUAAAUGGUAUUUCAUGUAUAGCAUGUUAAUAUAACUUUAUUUAACGUAAUGCAAAACAUACGUAGCGUAACAAAGUUAUAGUUUAACUGUUAAAGUAAUAAUGUUAGCUGGUAUUGUCAGUGAGCUAGCCACUUGCUCAACGUGUUGCAUCUUACCGGUUAGAAAAGAUUUUAUUUUUAGCGGGUAAUUUUACAGAGUUGAUGCGGACUGGACAUAAUGGGUGACGAAAGCGUAAGCUAUCCUCAUCUUUCUUCAAAUGAGCUGUGAUACAGGUGGAAGAAGUGCAUGUCUUGUUCAGUAUCCCCCAGUUGGCCAGUGUGUGUAUCUCCACUUCAAAUGUCAGUGUAGACAAAUUUGUGGAUAUAAGAUUUAUUUUGUCACAGUUUAGAGGUAGUUCAGACCAGCUCGUAGAAAAAAAAAGAAAAGAAAAAAGUAAAGGACUUUAUUUGUAGCCUCUAUCUACACAUUAUAAUAUUUGCAUGUGCCUUAAUGUUGAUUUGAUCUCACUGCUCCAGUAGGACAUACCUUUCAGCCAGAGCGGCAGGUAUGAGGAUCAGACUGCAGGGCUCCAGUCAUGCGGUGCGUCUCCUCUCUGAACUCAACCGCUGCCGCCUGUCCCGUCUUCUCUGCGAUGUGGUCCUCCAGGUGGGUGGGCGAUCCUUUCCAGCCCACCGGGCUGUCCUGGCCUGCUCAUGCACACACUUCCAUAGUCUUUUCUCUCAAGGCCCACGCUCCAGUCUCUCCCUGGACUUUGUGUCUGCAACCAACUUUGAGAAGGUGCUCACUUUCAUCUACACGGGUGAGGUGUUCACGGACCUCAUUGAUGUGAGGGUGCUGUAUGAGCUUGCUGAGAGGCUGGGCGUGAGGGAGCUGGUGCAGGCAUGCCAUACCACCUUCCCUGACCUACAGAGCUCAUCCAUGGGGCAGUGUGGCAACGACCUGGAUCCUGAGGCAGCCUCAGCCAGUGCUAUGGCUGCCUCUGUCUGCUCUUCCUCUGCUGCAUCCUGCUCUUCGCUUUCCUCCUCGGCUGUCCCCACUCCCGUCACCCCUUCACCGCUCUCUCAGGGCAGGGCCUGCAGGUCGGGCCAACCCCACGUCACGUCCCACUCGCUUUCGCUUUCGCUGUCACCCAAGGCUGAGGCUACACAGCCACAUAUUGAGUACAGCCACGCACCAGACAGCAAGCCUGCCUCAGAUGCACAUUGCUCACAAGCAGGGACAGACUGUCCCCCAGUGCUCCCCCUGCAGCUCAAGAUGGAAGUAGUAGAAGAAGAGGAGGUAGUAAGGGGAUGUAUGGAAGAAAGGACAGAGAAAGGGAGGAGCGAGAUGGAAGACACGCAAGCAGUGGUCAGUGGGACUAAAACGGUAACCAGCGUCACUCUGAGCAGAGUUCCGGAGUCCUGCUCCUUCCCAGACUCCUCGGCCCAGCUUGGCAGUGAGACCUGUGCCCCGUCCUCUUCCUGUGGGGAGCCUCUGGAUGGCCUGCAGAUGGGACCAGUUGAGGGAGAUGGAAGGGUGUCCACCAUCUUUGAAGAGGAAGAGGCUGAGGAGAGCAGGAGGGCGUUGCAGUCCGGGGAGCAGCCAGAGGGCGCUGAGCAAUGGAGAGGGCUGGCCGAGGAGAUCAUCGAGUUGAGUGACGAAGAGGAGCGCUACCUGGAGGAGGAGGAGGAUGACGAAGAGGAGGAUGAAGAUGAUCUGGUAUUUGUUGAGAAUGGCAGCGGGAAUGACAGCAGUGGAGCAGUUGAUCCAGCCAGAGAGGCAGGCAUGGCGGCAGCAGCAGCGUGUAAAGCCUGUGGGCAGGCACUUCCAGCAGACGCCACUGCCAUACGGGCCCACGCAGAGACGCACCUGACAGACGCGGGAGAGUGCCGUGUGUGUGGAACAGCCUUCCCUGAGCACAGCGCCAGCGUCACUCACGCUCUCUCGCAUGUGGGCAUCCUGUUGUUCUCCUGUGACAUGUGCCAGCAGCAGUUUUGCAGUCAGUCCAAGAUGGUGCGCCACCGGCGCCAGGCGGCAGCUCGCUACAGUCUCCCCACACCUGAUCAGCUAAAUAGUGUUGCCCAGAGCCAAGGGGGAGAAGUGCAGUGUGCUGUGUGCACCAAAUCUAUUGCCAAAGACUUCAAGGCUGUACGAGAGCACCUACUGACUCAUGUGUGUGUCCAGUCUUUGCGCUGCGCUGUGUGCCAGCUGCCUCAGCCCUCUCUCUGUGCCCUGCUGUGGCACGCCCUCACCCACCUCAAUCUGGCUGCCUUCUCCUGCCCGGUGUGUGCCUGUGGCUUCCUGGAGCGCCCCCUGCUGGACAGGCACAUGGUGCUGCAUGCCGAUGUCUCUGUGCUGGCCAGAGGAGGGCCAGACGGCACUAACGGCCUUGAGGAGGACUACCGCUGCUUCCUGUGCCCACAGACCUUCAGCUCGGCCGCGGCCUUCCACAGCCACCUAAGCGCCCACGCUGGGGCAGACCCGCAGUUAGUAAGUCAGGGCUGGACUGGUGUGAAGAAGCGCAAACACGACACGGGACUGGACUUCUCAUCCUGCUCGUCCUCCUCCCCACUAGAUGGUGGUGGAGGCAGUGGUCUGGGCAAACUCAACUUGGGCUUUGGGUUGGGUAUGGGUUUGGGUCUCCAGGACAAGGUGCUCCAGGGAGGGUUGGCCUGCUUCCCAGGCGGUCUGCUCUCUAACAGCAAUGAUGGCUCUGGUGGUGCGAUGGGUGGAGGUCCAAAGCAGAAGUGGUACCGCUGCCGUUACUGCGGGAAGCGCUUUGCCCACUCGGGCGAGUUUACGUACCACCUGCGCAUCCACACUGGGGAGAAGCCCUACCAGUGCAAGGUGUGCCUCCGCUACUUCCGCGGCCGCUCGACCAUGAUCUGCCACCUGAAGACCCACUCGGGCGCUCUCAUGUACCGCUGCACGGUCUGCGGCCUCUACUUCUCCACGCUCAAGCUGGUCUCCUCACACAUGGAGCUGCACAAGGACCACCUGCCACCGGACUUCAACAUUGAGCAGACCUUCAUGUAUAACGACCACUCCAAAGAGCCCCUGUCCAACUUGGACGUCCCCUGAGUUGACGUCCACCCCUCAGCCCACUGCCUUUUCUUCCUCCUCAACUUUCGUCUUCGCCAGGGGACCGUAGCUCUGUGGACACGGAAUGUAUUUAACUGCCUGUUGGUAUAACCAGUGUGCUUUUUCUAUGUGAAAUCUAAGAUGGUGUAGCAGACGAUUUUUUUGUUCUACAGAAAACAAAAUGCAGCCUUUUAAGUGGUGCAUAGCCGUUUUUAAAACACUGCCCAUUACUUUGCGUAAUGGUCAUUAUUCCAAGCAAUGUCAUUGUGAUGUUUGUUGACUGCUGUAUGUCUUGAGAGUGUGAAAUGAAACUGUGUUACCUUUGGAAAUGGGUAGUGGCAUGGCUACUUGAUGGCAGCACAUGCAUUGUGUAGGUGGACAUUCCUAGAGUGCCGUCAAGUAAAUGGUGAUCACCUCAGAUUUGAUUUGCUCUCUCGGGCCUAUGCCAUGGAAGACACAACAAGCUUUUUUUUUAUUAACAUUAAAGGUGCAGUAUGUAGUUUUUGUUGUCAGACUUCGAAAAUGCUUUGAGACUUACACAAAUGUCAUCAUUCUGAGGGCAUGGUAAGACCACAGUGUUGCACAGUUUAGUUUUAAUAGACAUUGUUUGUGCAACUGAUUUUAUUAGUUGUCUAGUAUUAAAGAUGUAUACAGUGUUAUAAUAUGAAGUAAACAAAGCCAUAAAAAAAAAGACCUCUAUCAACUUUUUAAGAUCUAUAGAAUGCACAAUCAUACUGCUAAACAGCAUAUUGCCCUUCAUAAUGGUACUACUGUGUUUGGUUUAGAAAGAGUUUUUGUCUUUGACAUCAAGAAACUACAUAUCUCGCAUUCAAGCUAUUGCAGUUCCGAGCAAUACAAAUAGCCUUGUUCUGCACACUGACCAGGUGAGGUGUUUUUACCUGUAACUGUUAAGUGUCUUUACUGAAAAUAAUUCCUCUUUCAAAACUUAAUUGUGUUAUUUUUAUAUUAGAGCUGUUGUCACAUAGAUAUAUACAUAUAUAACCUUAUGUGUAAUAUUUUGUCUCUGUGUAUAAUACAUCGUUUUAUUGCGGUGUUCUAAUAGGUGACGUAAACUUGAUCAUCUUGAACACUUAAAUAUCGAGAACUCCUCUUCCAAGAGACAUAUCAGUGGUACGGCCAAUAUAGUAGUUGGUGAAAAGAAUCAAUGCUGGUACGAAGCUGUGUCAUGUGAAACAGAGGUUCCAGUCUGGGUUCUGUGCCGUUUGUCUAAGUAUACGAAAAUACAUACAUCUUGAUCAGCUGUAUAUGCCAUGUCAUCCUAGAUCAUGUUUAUAUUUAGGUCAUGUUUUAGACAUCUUGAGGACUGACCAACAGACAAUUCAAACCUUAAGUGUUGACUAUGAUGAUCAUUCCACAGCCCUUGUUUUCAUUGUGCCUCAUCUCGUGUUUUGUUCACUCAUACGUUUAUUUAUUUUAUUUAUACUGUUCUUAUGAUCUACUAAUGUUUUGUUAAAGACAGGUAUCACCAUGAACAAUACACAGACUGCCUUUCAAAACAUUCUUAUGCUUUGAUUUUCCAAGUGAAAUAAUAUACUGAAGGAACAUGUCAUGUUAAAAAAUAUGGUCAUUAGAGAAUUAAAUGGUUCAGUGCAAAGCAAA